AUGUUCACUUUCUCAAUUCUCUUUCUCUUCAUCAUAUUUCCCACCAUAAGUCCUUUUGGUGGUCAACAUAUGAAACAAGUCAAUUUUGAAACUGAUGUAAUUUUCGAACAAAACAUCAAUUGCAAAAUUCAAGAAUAUUGGUUCUACAAAAUUCGAUACUAUGAAGCAGACAACUUUUCAUGGACUCACGAUGAAAUGAGAACAACACAAGAAUAUCAUUUUCGAGGACAAAAUAAUCGAACUGAUUGGUCGAGAAAUAUGUUAAAAGGUGGAGACGCAGAUUAUACUACUCCGGUAAAACAACUUUAUUUUGAUAAGUUUUUUUAGAGUAAAGAUUUUAGAACAAUUAUGAAAUUCGUGCCGAGUUUACCCACAACUGCACCACUGAUGGAAAAACAAAAAUAUACACUUAUCAAUUUGAGGAUGUUGCAAUCACAACUGAGUAAGUUUCCGAGUUAUAGUCAGGUUUUUAAAAAUUUUAUUUUCAGAAAAAUCACAUUGUACCUCAAUUUGACAAUGGAUGAUAAAGAAAACAACAUCGAAUAA